AACGUCAGUCAGCCUGAAGAAGACAAUUCAUGUUCCGUUUCCUGGGCGAUUCAGUUGGCGGCUGAAAAGCGCCAAAUCAAAAAUACCGAGGAAGUAAAAAUUAAAAUCCUAAGGGUCCGUUUGAUGGAAGCCAACGCAUCUCAGUAUUAGCUUCUCCUUCUCUUUUAGCCUUUAAUGUUAACCGGUUUACUAACGUGUCUGUUUAUUACCACAGUGAAAGACUCGUUUAGUUUGUUAAAAAAAACAUGGAAGAACUCUUCAGUAAAGUAUUACAAGUGAUCGUGAGGUGCAGGGACUGUGAGGAAAGGAAAGCAAAUAUCCGUGUCACCAUUGAGCUUCAGUUGACAACAAGUCCAGUACACAAAAGGGAUCUUCUAGUAAAACUAACAGAUGAUAUAGAUCCAUAUUUUCUCUUCAACCUAUCUAUAUCAGAAGAAGAUUUCCAAAGUUUGAAAGUCCAGCAGGGGCUACUGGUAGACUUUGCAUCAUUCCCUCAGAAGUUUAUUGACCUGCUUAAUUUGUGCUAUUCUGAGCAAGAGUCAGACAAUCCAAGGUUUCUUCUGCACUUGUCAUGUCAGUCUCCAGUGCUUGAAGGCCCUGCGAACUUCAGUGUUGUAGAGACAAACGCAUUCAAACACCUGAACCACUUGUCUUUACGACUUGCUCAAGGGUCUGACAAAGAGGUUAAAGAUUAUCUGGCAGUGUGUCUUUCCUCUCUGAAGGCAGAAAAGCAGGCCCUUGAGAUGAGGCUUAAGAAGACCGAAGAAGAUCUGUCUAGGCAGCUGAGUUAUGCUCAACAGACUCUGUCUGAGAAGACUAAAGAGUUGGACAAACUGCGUUCAGAGUGGACGAGUCAGACCAGCUGUCUGUCCAGCCGUCAUUCUCAGGAGUUACAAUCAGAGAGAGAGAAGGCUAUAGAGUUACAGAGCAGGCUUCAGCAGCAGACUGAGCAGCUCCGUCAGGAGCUGGAAAGUGCUCAUAAGAAGAGCAGCCAGCAGCUUCAUAGCAGACUGAUGGAGUUGGAGGCCUCUGGCAGAGAGCUGACAGAGAGGAAAUACAAGAAUGAGUCCGUCAUCAGAGACCUGAAGAUUAAACUAGUGGGAGUAGAGGAGGAGUGCCAGCGUUCGAAGCAGCAGGUCCUGUCUCUCAGGAGGGAGAACACCACUCUGGAUACAGAGGUCCAUGAGAAGGAGCGUUUGCUGAGCCAGCUGCAGAUGAGAGUGGCUGUUCUGGAACAGGAGAUCAAAGAUAAGGAUCAGCUUGUGCGUCGCACAAAAGAGGUGCUGGAAGCCACUCAGCAGCAGAAGAAAUCAAUGGAAGAAAAUGCUGAAAGUAAAGAACUUCAGAUUAGAAAACUUGAAUCAACGGUGAAAUCACUGUCUGAGGAGCUGAUAAAGGCUAAUGGUAUCAUUAAGAAGCUGCAGGGGGAGGUUCGAGGCCUAGUUGGAAAAAUAAAAGUCAAAAACACUGUGACUGUGUCACAGGAGAAGGUCCUCCAGGACACAUCAGAAAAACUUCAGAAUGUUGAAAAGGAUCUACAGAGUGCUCAGCAGCACCUCAUUACCAAGGAUGAGCAGGUUUCAAAACUGAAGGAGCAGUUGGAGACGACGAUACAAAAACUAAAUGAAAGCAGAGAGGUGUUAAAAACAAAUGAGAAUGUUAUAAGUUGGCUUAACAAACAGCUAAAUGAAAAGCAGCUGUCCAGAAAGCCACAGUCUCCUGAAUCUUUGGAGAAUCCUUCAGUUUUAUCCACCACAACAGGACUGAGGGCACAGUUUUAUCCUCAGAUAGGCAAAGCUGCUGUAUCUCCUGUGGCAGCUGAUACCACGCCUGCUGAACAGCGAGCAGUGCAGCCAGCUAACAGACAGAUUGGAGACUCUGCAGGUCUAGAUUCUAAGUACUUUGAGAGAAGAGAUGAUUGCAUCCCUAUCUAUGGACUGUCGUCUAAUCUGCUUCACAGAGAGUUCCCUCAGCAAACAAAGCCCUCCGUAGCUUCUGCUUACUUCUCUGCAUGAAGCAGAAGCAGCUAGAUUUAAUGACCAGCAUACAGAAUGGUGUUCAUACCAGCUCCAGGUGGAAGUAAAACCAUCAAAACCUCAUCUUCCGCUUUAUAUCUUCAGCUCCUGUACACAGCUGUUACUGACCUGCUGUGUUAAAUAAACUUGUUUUUAAGUAGCUAUUGUUGCUGUUUUAAUUUGUGUGCUAAUGGUCUACACGUCUAUAUUCUAAUUUGUAAAUGCUGUUAAAAUUUUCUGUAUGGUGGAUGCCAGUGAUCUUGGAGACUGUAUUAAUUCAAAUUAAAAGUAUUCUAUUCUUCCUAAUACAGUAUAUUAAGUUUGUCAUCCUUAAGUGUUUAUCUUGUUUUUUGUUGGAUUUCUGUUAUGAAGUGUAGUCUUUAAUAAACUGCUUUUCAAUCCUAA